AUGGCUCCUGGAGGCGCAGGCGGCCGCGGCCGCGGCGGCAAGUUCAAGAAGCCCACCCGUGGAGGUGGCCAUCACUUCUCGCGGAAUCUGCAGCCUAUCGACAAGGACGGUAACGCCGUGAGCAUGUGGGCCGAAGGCAAAGACAAGGACGAUGCAUCGUCAGAAGAGGAGUCGUCCUCCGAAGAGGAGGAGGAGGAGUCUUCCGAGGAGGAAGACGCCAAUGCAGCCAACGCCGAGGCUUCGCGCGAGGCCCGCAAGGCCCAGAAGAAAGCCCGCAAGGACGCCGCCAUUGCGAAGCAAAAGUCAAAGAUCGUCCAGCCGGGCGACCUGCCUUCCAGCUCUGAGGAUGAGAGCGACGAGGACGACGACAUGCCCGCCAACCCGAACCACUCCAAAGCGGCGCGCAAGCAGGCUGCCAAGCCCGUGGUGGCCGACUCGGACGAGGAGGACGACGGCGACGCCGGUGUGGGCAAGAUCACAAAGGGUCUCAAGAACAUGAACCGUAAAGAGCGCGAGGCGCAUGAGGCGGCCGCCGCCAAGGAGAGGUACAUGAAGCUGCACGCCGCGGGAAAGACAGACCAGGCCAAGGCUGACCUCGCCCGUCUGCGGGAGGUGCGUGAGCGCAGGGCGGUCGAGGCGGAGAAGAGGAUGGCCGAGACGGAGGACAGAGACGAGAAGGAGGCGGCGAGGAAGAGCGAGCUCGAGGCCAGAGAAGCCCGAGAGCGUGCGAGACGGGAGGCGGCUGCUGGUCCUACGAAGAAGGGCAAGAACAUCUGGUACCCCGCCGUGUCAGACAUGGCGGACCGCCUGCGUGCUCACGCGAGCAACUUUGAAGGCCUCCUGAGUCUCAUCCCUGCCAAGAUGUACUAUGGCGAGGACGGCACAGAUCAACAAUGGCAGCGCAAGAAGCAGAGCAAGGCCCAGGCCAAGGCCAACAAGCGGGCAAAGCUGAAUCCAGACGCCGAGCUGAACAAGAGCGCACAGGAGAUCAUGGAGGAGCGGGCGAAAAACAAGCGCAAGGCGCGCGACAUGGAGGCACUGGAGGACGAGGACGACGCGGAGGCCGACGACGCUUUUGAAGUGCCCGACGGCGUCGAGCUCGAGAAGCCCGGCGAGGGCCUCAAGAAGAAGAAGCAAGAGGCCGAAGCCAACAAGAAGCAGAAGCGCGAGCAAGAGGAUGCGCAGGGCAACGACGACAGGGAAGACGAGGAAGACAAGCCGGCCGCCGAGCCCAAGGCCGACGACACCUCCAAACUGUCCAAGAAGCAGGCCAAGAUCGCCGCCAAGAAGGAGAAGAAGAAGGAGAAGAAGGCGAAGAAACAGGGUGAGUCUACAGAUCCUACCGUCGCCGACGCGGGGCCUUCCGCACCGAGCCUCGAGAAGACGCCCAGGGCCGACAAGAAGCAGCAAAAGGCCAAGCCAAGCGAGGACCAGACCAGCCUCCCAGCGGAUCCCUCCGAAAGUGAGGGCGAGGAGGCGGAGGAGGAUGAGGAAGGGGACGCCGCCUCGGACGCCGGUGCACCUGCCGCCGUCGACUUUUCCGGCCUUGUGCAAGCCGAUGAGAACGACACGGCACCAUCAUCAAGUAAUUCCCCCGUCUUCGAAGCCGCCCAAGCACCUAGUACCUCCACCUCUGUCUCCUCCACCAUCCCACCAUCCGAGAAGCCAAAACACAUCAAACUUCCCACCGACACGACCGCCAUCCGUGCUCGCCUCGCCGCCAAGAUCGAAGCCCUCCGCGCCGCCCGCAAGGCCGACGGCCCGGACGGCAAGCCCAUCCGCACGCGCCAGGAGCUCAUCGAGUCCCGCCGCGCCAAGGAGGCGGCCCGCAAAGCACACAAAAAGGAGCUGCGGACCAAGGCACGCAUGGAGGAGCAGCUCAAGCGCGAGGAGGCGCUGGCGAGCAACUCGCCGAGCGCCAUGAGCCCCGCCGUGGAGCUCGACGGCGGCGCCGACGCCAACUUCUCCUUUGGCCGCGUAGCCUUUGGCGACGGGAGCCAGCUGUCGCGGGACCUAUCCCACGUCCUGUCCAACGGCAAGAAGAAGGGCCCGUCUGACCCCAAGACAGCGCUUCUCAAGGUGCAAUCGCAGAAGCAGCGCCUCGCCGCCAUGGACGCCGAGAAGCAAAAGGACAUUUCGGAGAAGGAGGCCUGGUUGACAGCGCGUCGCCGCGCCGAGGGCGAGAAGAUCCGCGACGAUGAGGGCACCCUCAAAAAGGCCGUCAAGCGCAAGGAGACGGCCAAGCGCAAGAGCGAGAAGGCGUGGAAGGAGAGGCAACGGGGUGUCGAGCACGCGCAGCGGGAGCGUCAGAAGAAACGAGAGGACAACAUCCGGCAACGAAAAGAGGACAAGGUGCUGGGCAAGGCGGGUAAGAAGAAGAAGGGUGGUGCUGGCGGCGGUGGUGGUAAGAAGAAGGGCGGGCGGCCUGGCUUCGAGGGCAGUCUGGGUGGUGGACGGAAAAAAUGA